CGGCAGCUGAUAGCGGGGCUGGGCGCUGUAAGCUGAGCCUCUGGAGCUGCGACAGCGGGCGGGAAUACAUACCUAAGCUCUGGGCGAGGUAUCCUAACCUAGGUAUCGAUCGCCCUACAACACAAUGCCAUGACCCCUUGACGACCGACAACGAAACGAGAUCGACGGCGAGAGAAAACAGUACAGACUGCGCUACAGACAUUCCUCACACUACUGCCACGUUCCCCCUCUUCCACGUUCCUCCUCUUCCACGUAUCGACUGUCGGUGAUCCCGCUCCACAUGUAGCGCCUCUACGCUCAUCAGAAACAACAACAUGGAGCGCACCGCUUCCGGCCCCAAGACUCUCUUCCCGAGAGGGCCAAGCUUCACUCUGGACGACUUCUCCAACAAGGACUUUAUUGUGCGUGACUUUGUCGAUAGCCUAGCUGAGAGCGCCGUGCCCUCGAAUCGCCGGUCAGGGAGUGCGCAAACACCUUUCGACCCAAAACCCCUGAUUCGAACAUUUGAAAAUGCCCUUGAUCAACUAGGCUCGCUUGGAGCUGAACUCCAGGAGAAGGAGUCGGAGCUUAUGUCGCAUGUGCGCCGCGCAGAGGUAGCCCAUGAUUCAACACUCGAGACCCUAGGCCAGAAGCUCGACGAGUCCAUGAGGGCGUUCGAACAGUUAGAUCUAUCCCUCAACCAAGAACAUUCUUUUAAAACCGGAGUCGGCAUCAAAACACACGCUGGCGGCAACAUAGCGCUCCAAAUCGGCGAGAAGCUCGAGGACCUGGACAAGAAACGACGGCGUGCGAACGAUGCCAUAUUUCUGAUUCAGUGCUGGACGGAGGUCAGCGAGACGGGAAAGCUAUCACUCCUACAAGACGUUCAAAGACAGGCUGGUUCUGAGCACAAAGUACGGUGCGCAAUGAUUGUUCGACAACUCAUGCGCAUCAGCCAGCGACUUGAUCCAACAUCAUGGGGGCAGACGAACGGCCAGCGAAACGGAGGACAAACGAAUGGUGUGGUUGGAAAUAUAAGAUUACACAACACCAGGGAAGUCUUGGAGAAGUUCUGCGAGACGCUCGAGCAGGAUCUGCUUCAGCAGUUCGAAAACAGCAACAAAAAGGGCAACUAUAGCGAUAUGAUGGAAUGUGCAAAGGUUCUUUACGACUUCAACGGAGGUGCCAGUGUCAUUGCGACCUUUGUCAAUCAGCAUGCCUUCUUCCUGGAUCGCGAUCAACUCCUGGCCGACGAGGUUCAGGUGGAUAGCGACACAUGGGAACAGCUGGCAGAUCCUGACUCGGAGCCGCCAACGGUAGAACCGAGCCUGCAGAACCUCUUGGACGAGAUCAAGAUCGUUAUGCAAGACGAGUCCAACCAGAUCAAACUCAUCUUUCCGUACUACGAAACAGUGCUUAUCAAGUUCAUUCAACGAAUAUUUCAGCAGUCAAUCCAACAGAGGCUCGAAAUGGUAUUGGAUGAAACUCUCAAAAUCUCUUCCUUAGCUUUCUUGAGAGCCUUGCACUCCUCAAGAACUUAUCUAGGGUCAUUGGUCGAAGAUCUCAAGUCCCAUGGCUUGACAGAACACCCCGAGCCUUGCUCCGCCCAAAUAGCACACACACUCGACCAGCAGAUGGAAGAGCUUUUUGUGCCAUAUAUGAUAGGCAACUCGUACAUCGAGCGGGAGCGGAAGAGUCUGGAAGAAAUGUACAGCUCCCUGCUCUUCAAGUACAGUAUAUACCAUUCCAGGCGGAAAAAGGCGCCGACUGGUUUCAUGGCUUCACUGGCCCAGCAAGGCACACAACUGAUUGCCUCCGCAAAGGAUGCUUAUAUCGAGCGUCUCGACUCGUCAGAACUCACAAGCACACAGAAGAAAAUGAUGCUGCGUGUUGCUGGCGUUCAAGAUAAGGACAAGGAUAACAAGAACGAGAUCGAGGUCUCGGAGGAGGACGGCGCUUUGAGCGUUGCUAAUGCCAAGCGCAUGCUCAAGUGGUUAGCCGAGAGCGUCCAGCGCACUCUUGAACUCGGAACACAGACCGAUACUCCCAAGGAUGUCAAUACUCUCCUGAACCUGCUCUUGACGAGCCUGGGCCAGGUAUACAUCGAGACAACUCUCGACGCUGCCCUUGACCAAGUCUCUGUGCAGGAGAACACAAAGACAGAGCCUGAUUUAUCUUACUUGCCAACGAUACAGCCGGCUGUCACAAUCACAAGCCUCAUGGAUCGAUUCAUCACAGUCGUGCUCAUCCGGCUUGCGGAAUCAAACACAACAGUCAGGCGUAGCAUGGAGGCGCAGAAGAGGGCGGCCAUUGGUAACAUUGAGAAGAAGACAAACAAUGUCAUCAAGGGCACUAUCGACGUUGUAUCCAACUGGGUGACCAAGUCCUUAGCUGGUCAGCGGAAGCAGGACUUCCGACCAAAAGAGGUCGAGCUCGACUCAUUGCAGACACAGACGUGUCUGAGCAUCUGUACUUUCCUAGCCCGCGUCCAGCGUCUCGCUCGUCAAGCUAUCGACGGCCAAAACUCAGAAAAGUUCUUUACUGAACUUGCUCUGGUGAUUCUGAAGCUGCUCUUUGAGCACUUCAAGAAGUUCCAGGUCAAUGCCACAGGAGGUCUGAUGGUCACGCAAGAUAUCGCAAAGUACGUUUCCACAAUGCGCGAGUGGCCAUUGACCAAGGAGGUUGGCUCCGCUGUCGAAAUGCUCACUGAGAUUGGUUCUCUCUUUAUCGUCGGCCCCGAAGCACUCCGCGAAAAGACACGAACACUGGCGGCAUCGGGCAUAAGGGGGAAACUGUCCAGAGCAGAUUUUAGGGCGUUUGUGCAGAGGCGUGAUGACUCGGGGACAGUGGGCAUCCAGAGCGUUUUGAGUGGUCUUUGAGCGUUGGUGCAAGAGGCGGAUCAAGGAAAACUCUGUAGAAUGGGCUGCAGAGAGUUGAUUUUUUUGUAGCCAUGAAUGCAUUGAAUGAGAUACCGUGCUCUCUUUCCCGUAGUCCAAGGACUUUUAGUGAUGUGAUACGGAGAAGUGGUUCAUAGGUCUCGUCUCAUGCCACCAGCUCUCCCCGUCUUCCGCUCAAUCUUCUCAUCGAGGAAGUCCAUGAUCUCACAAGUGUUGGCCAACUUCAUGAGUUCUGCGCGCUCUUUCUUAUCUAGAAGCGAUGCCUUGUCAGACCCCAUGCCUGGCGCUGUCAUUUCCAUAACGUGGUGUUGUACCAGCUUGAAUGGUACAGGGGCCUUUGCAACCUUGCACAUGAAGGUUUCAACGGCUUCCCAUGGGCAAGCCGAGUAGCCAGCGAAGAUGGCUGGGUUAGCAAGGAGACCACGGGCGGACAUGAAUCCAGAGAGGUGAGUGUUACUAGGGCAUGGCAUGUUCACAGCGGAGUUGGUAUCGUUGAGAACAAGUUUGUCCAGCGAGGGGAGGGGAGAGUCGUUAUUGGUGGUGAUGGUGGGCUGGAAGGGGAGAGUGCUGAGGUCGAAAACAUCUCCUGAAAGAAGUAUUGGGAGAGUUUUCGAGUACUUGGCUGUCAAGAUCUCGAGGGCUUCGGUCCUGAUAGGUGUGGUUGAUGGGGUUGAUCUUGUCCGUGGGUGAAUGGUGAUCCAGUCGAUCUGGCGGUUUUGUGGGUGACCUAUCACGGUGUCUAUAAAGUCCAUGGUUUGCCUGAAUGUGUCAGUAAAUAAAUCUAUCUUGUCUGAAAGAGAGGUUGUACCUGAGAUCGUUGUGAAUCCUG